GUCCUGCUGGGCCCUGUACCUCCCCCGCCUCCCACCCCUUCCGAAAUCCAGUGCCCUCUCCGACCCACCGCCCCUUUCCCUUCUCACCAGCCCCACGCCUCCUCCCCGGUCCCACGCCUCGCACCCGGGGCCCCGCGCCGGGAGGAGGGUCGUGUCUCCCCCCCUCCCCACCCCCAGGCUACCACUCCCUGAGGGAUGUCUACACCGCCAUGUCCCGGCCCGGCCGCAGGGAGACCCGCUCCAUUGCCGUCGGCUACGUGGACGACACGCAACUCAUGAGGUUCGACAGCGACGCCCCGAAUCCGAGGGUGGAGCUGCGGGCGUCGUGGAUGGAGCAGCAGGGGCCAGAGUAUUGGGAUCUGAACACGCGGGGCGUCAAGGACACCGCACAAACUCCCGCAGUGAACCUGAACACCCUGCGCCGCUACUUCAACCAGAGCGAGGCCGGAUCUCACACUCUCCAGUGGACUUACGGCUGCGACGCAGAGCCAGACGGCCGCCUCCUCCGCGGGUACGAACAGUUCGCCUACGACGGGGAGGAUUUCAUCUCCCUGAACGAGGACCUGCGCUCCUGGACCGCGGCGGACACGGCGGCUCAGAUCACCAAACGCAAGUGGGAGGCUUCAGGUGAGGCGGAGCGCGAUAGGAACUACCUGCAGGGAACGUGCGUGGAGUGGCUCAGCAGACGCCUGGAGAUGGGGAAGGACACGCUGCAGCGCAGAGGUAUCAGGGGCCGCGGGGCCUCCACAAUCUCCCCUCGGGAGGGAGCUGGCUUCUUAAAAGGAGAGGAAAAUGGAAUCAGUCUAAGAAUAUAUAGCCUUUCUGGUGUAGGUCGCAGACGCGGCUCAGAUCCUGAGUGACUGUGGUGUAGCCCGGCAGCUACAUCUCCAAUUCGACCCCUAGCCUGGGAACCUCCCUCCAUAUGCUGCGGAUGCAGCCCUCAAAAGACAAAAAACAAACAAAAACAAAAAAACACCGCCGUUCUUUCUGGACGGGAGAAAGAGGUUCUUAUAUCCUGUACUAGAGAGUGACUUGCUCAGAAGCCAGACUUUCUCUAAAGGGCAAUUUAAGAAUUUAGUCUCACGGAGAUGGAAAGGGAGACCAUCCCUGAUGUAACUGAUCAACAGUUCCCUGUGACUCUGACAGCAAUGUUGUGAACCAUGACUUUCUCUCUAAAGGUCUUUUUCUCCACCUGAGAACAUCUUUGGAGGCCUGACUCCAGCUUUUCUGAGUCAGUCACCCUCCACCCAGAAUAGGACCAGAGACUGUCUUCUUCCUCUGAGACCUGAAGACUUUUACCCUAGUCUCUCAUUCUAGAAAUUUCCAAGGAAUAGGAGAUAUUUCCAGACCCCCACCCCCCUCCCCAGGCCAGGCUGGUGUCUGUGGUUUGUGCUUCUCCUUCCAAACCAUUGUCCUCUCCAUUCUCCCAGUGGUCACAUGAGGCUGCUUCAGUGGCCCCUUGUGAGUAAUCCGAAGUGAAUUUUCUGAUUCUUCUUCCUCAGAGCCUCCAAAGACACAUGUGACCCGCCACCCCAGCUCUGACCUCGGGGUCACCUUGAGGUGCUGG